AUGUUAAACACACGCUCACUUGUCCUGGCAGUUUUGCCAGUUCUCCUCCUUCUAUUUACCCAGCAGCCUGCAUUACAGUCCACGCAGCAGAUCCAAACUUUCCUUGCUUCCUUGGUGCCGACACCACUGCACGAUGUCGUGCUCUAUAACCGGCCUCGCAUCAUCACCCCUCAGGGCACCGUCGUUGGCACCACUCUGACGGACACGCUCAAGAUACCCGUGGAUGCCUUUCGCGGAAUUCCGUACGCAUUGCCUCCAAUUGGUGAUCUGCGUUUCCGCCGUGCUGUCGCAGUCAAAGAGUCCGACGGUAUCAUCGAUGCCAGUCAGUUCGGUCCACGAUGCCCGGGAAAGCAGCUCCUGAAUCCCAAAGAUACCGGCGGUAGCGAGGACUGUCUUACCGUCAACGUCUUCCGGCCCCAUGGCGUCAAAGGGAAGCUUCCCGUCGCUGUGUACGUGCACGGAGGGGCCUACAAUCGCGGCACUGCUAACAGACCAGCGUCCAUGCACAAUACAGCCUCGAUGGUCAGCUGGUCUGACGAGCCCUUCGUCGCAGUCAGCUUCAACUACCGCAUCGGUGCUCUAGGAUUCCUCCCCUCUACUCUAACCGCCAAAGAAGGCAUUCUGAACCUGGGUCUCCACGACCAAGUCCUUCUGCUCCAAUGGGUACAAGAUAACAUCGAGCAAUUCAAUGGCGAUCCUAGCCAGGUGACCUUGAUCGGCCUCUCCGCUGGCGCACACUCCAUAGCCCACCAUAUCAUGAACCACACCCCCGACGCUCCCCUCUUCCAUCGCGCCGUGAUCGAAUCCGGCGCAGCGACCUCCCGCGCCGUGCACCCCUACAACGCACCCCUCCACGAAGCGCAAUUCACCAACUUCCUCACCUCCACCGGGUGCGCCAACCUCCCCGAAACCUCCACCCUCCCCUGCCUGCGCUCCCUCCCCUCCGCAAACAUUACCACCGCCUCCUACAGCACCUUCGACAAAUACAACCCCUCCAUCCGCUGGGCCUUCCAACCCGUCAUCGACCACGAGCUAAUCAAACACCGCCCCAUCGACGCCUGGCACGCAGACCACUGGAACAAAAUGCCCAUCUUAACCGGCUUCAACUCCAACGAAGGGACCUACUAUGUUCCUCGCAAUAUCUCCACUUCUGAAGAGUUCACUACUUUCUUCCACAACCUGCUGCCGGCCUACACCCCCUCCGACAUCCAAACCAUCAACAACCUCUACCCCGACCCCGCCACCAACCCCGACUCCCCCUACCUCGAAACCCGCCCCAUAAACAUCGGCUCCCAGUUCAAACGUACAGAAGCAGCGUACGGGCACUACGCCUACGCCUGUCCCGUCCGCCAAACCGCGCACUUCGCCUCCUCUCUCUCCGAAGAACCCAUCUUCCUCUACCGCUGGGCCCUCAACAAGACCGUCCUCGGUGGCGCCAACCACGCCGAUCAAAUGGAGUACGAGACGUUCAACCCCACUGUUAGGGACAUCUCGGAGACCCAGGAGGAACUGGCGGGCGUGUUUCACGCGUAUGUUACUUCUUUUGUGGUAUUUGGGGAUCCAAAUGUCCUUGGGGGACGAUGGGAGGGGAGGCCGACGUGGGAGAGGUAUCGUGCUGGUAAGAAGGAAAGGGAGAAAGUGAUGGUAUUUGGAGAGGGGAAUGAUGAACGUGCCGGAGGACAAGGGAAGGGCGUUGCGGCGAAGUUAGAGGGGGAUGAGUGGGGGAGGAAGGAAUGUGAGUUUUGGUGGGGCAAGAGUGGAAUUUCUGAUUGA